GGGCCCAUGCCACGGGGUCUUUGAAUAAGACUCCUGGCCAGUGUGUCAGUGUGCCUCUCUGGGGAUGGAGCUUCUGUCCUUCUCCUACAGCUUUGGGCUUUACGGCACCUCUGGCCCUUUCUACAGUGUGACGUGCUUGACCGACUAAGAUGGAGGGCAGUGGCAGUGGGUGGGCUGUAGAUCUGGCCUCUCCUGGGCCGUGUGUGGCUGGCAUGGAGGGGAACACCAGCAGUCAGGUUUUUGAGGUGGCGCUGCAGAACUCCUCCUCGUCCAAACGCAGCCCUCAGUUUGUGGGGGUGGAGCUGCCGCAGUCCUUCAAGCUGCUCAUCAUCCCCUGCUAUGCCCUGGUGGUGCUGAUCGGGGUAUUCGGCAACUACCUGUUGCUCUACGUCAUCUGCCGCACCCGCAAGAUGCACAAUGUCACCAACUUCUUCAUAGGGAACCUGGCCUUCUCCGACAUGCUGAUGUGUGCCACAUGUGUCCCCUUCACCUUGGCCUAUGCCUUCAACCCCCGCGGCUGGGUGUUUGGGAGGUUCAUGUGCUACCUGGUUUACCUCAUCCAGCCAGUAACGGUCUAUGUGUCUGUUUUUACUCUCACUGCUAUUGGUGUUGACAGGUACUAUGCCACAGUGCACCCUCUGAAGAAGCGGAUCUCAGUGCUGGCGUGUACCUACCUCCUAUCUGGGAUCUGGCUGCUCUCCUGUGGGCUUGUGGCCCCGGCUGUAGCCCACACUUACCAUGUGGAGUUCAAGAAUGAGGGCUUCACCAUCUGUGAGGAGUUCUGGAUGGGUAAAGAGAAAGAGAGGUUGGCCUACGCCUACAGCACACUCUUCAUGACCUACGUCCUGCCUCUCUCUGCCCUCUGCAUCUCUUACCUCUGUAUCUCUGUCAAGCUGCGUAAUUGUGUGGCGCCUGGCCACCGCACCAAGAGCCAGGCCGAGGCACAGCGAACCCGCAAGCGUAAGACCUUCCGUCUGGUCACCUUGGUGGUGGCGGCCUUCGGCGUGUGUUGGAUGCCCAUCAGUGUAUUCAACGUGCUGCGGGACAUUGACAUUGACCUGAUUGACAAGCGCUUCUUCCUGCUCAUCCAACUGCUGUGCCACCUGUGUGCUAUGAGCUCCUCCUGCUGUAACCCUUUCCUGUACGCCUGGCUACAUGACCGCUUUCGCGCCGAGCUGCGCAAGAUGUUCACCUGCCACCGCCGCAUCGGCAUCCCUGCCAACAACUGUGCCACAAACAGCGUGGUGCUGUGAACCACUUCAUCCCACGCUGCCACCUUUCACUGGAUGUGUUCAGAGAAUGUCCUGAGGUAUUUGGUCCUGGAACUAGCUGGACAAUUUUCUGUCAGGUUUUGCAUAAGAUAAGAAUGUCAAAUGAAUACAUUAAUUUACAAUUAAGCUUAAAAAAUAUUUUGUGAAUAAUAGAUUGUUGUGCAUAUUAUGUACAUCUCUACAUGAAGUGGUUUUUCAUUGCAAUAAACUGUGCCGCAAAAAUG